CAAUUUCAUUAUCACCGAUCAAAUUAGGGUUUCUCUUUCGAUUACAGAGUUUCACUUGUUUGGAGCCAACAAUCAUACUCUGCAACCAAAAUCCAAAACAAGAAAAAAAUGGCCUGUCUCAACGAUGAUAAGAAGAAGAAGUUUCACCUAGUCCUUGACUUGGACCACACGCUUGUCCACUCGGUACUUGUUUCGGACCUUUCCGAAGAGCAGAAGUAUCUAAUCGAAGGAGCUGAUUCAAGGUCAGAUCUGUGGAGAAUCAACAGAGAUCCACUCCCAGCGAAUAUAUGAUAAAGCUACGACCUUUUCUUCAUGAAUUUCUAUUAGAAGCCAACAAGCGUUUCAUCAUGCACGUAUACACAAUGGGUGAUUCUAGUUACGCUCAGACCGUGUUGAAGUGGAUUGAUCCGGAAAAAAAUAUACUUUGGAGAUCGAGUCCUAGCCAGAGAACAAAGUCCUUAUGAGAAGACACUCGAUCUUCUUGCUGUUGAUGAGCGUAGAGUGGUAAUUGUCGAUGAUGCGAUUGAUAUUUGGCCUCAUCACAAUAGAAACUUGUUACAAAUCAGCAAAUACAUUUAUUUCAGCGUCGGUAUUGAACUAUUGAUAAACAUCGCAGAAGAUAAGAUAGACGAGAGUCGAAGCAACGGAUCAUUGGCGCACAAAAGAUUCAAAAAGGGAGAUUGUUCGGCGACGGGAGAUCUCACGGCAAAGCACGAUUCAGCUGGAGGAAACGGAGGUGGAGGUGCUAGGUAUAAGCUGAUGUCACCGGCCAAGCUUCCGAUCUCGAGGUCGACUGAUAUCACGAUUCCUCCUGGGUUGAGUCCGACUUCGUUUUUGGAAUCUCCUGUUUUCAUCUCCAACAUCAAGCCAGAACCUUCCCCUACUACUGGUUCUUUGUUCAAGCCUCGACCAGUGCACAUUUCUGCUAGCUCAAGUUCUUAUACAGGCAGGGGGUUCCAUCAGAACACCUUUACUGAGCAGAAGUCCAGUGAAUUUGAGUUCAGACCUCCUGCAUCAAAUAUGGUAUAUGCAGAGCUUGGCAAGAUUAGAAGUGAGCCACCAGUACAUUUUCAAGGCCAGGGCCAUGGAUCCUCACACUCACCUUCUUCGAUCAGUGAUGCUGCAGGUUCCUCAAGUGAGCUAAGCCGGCCAACUCCUCCUUGUCAGAUGACACCAACGAGCUCAGAUAUUCCGGCUGGAUCUGAUCAAGAGGAAUCAAUCCAGACUUCCCAAAAUGACUCCAGAGGAAGCACUCCAUCCAUCUUGGCUGAUGAUGGUUAUAACUGGAGAAAAUAUGGUCAAAAGCAUGUCAAAGGGAGUGAAUUUCCCCGGAGCUAUUAUAAAUGUACACAUCCUAAUUGUGAAGUGAAAAAGUUAUUUGAAAGAUCUCAUGAUGGGCAGAUCACCGAUAUUAUAUACAAGGGUACACAUGACCAUCCUAAACCUCAACCUGGUCGCCGAAACUCUGGUGGUAUGGCUGCACAAGAAGAAAGGCUAGACAAGUAUCCUUCUUCAACUGGCCGAGAUGAGAAGGGAUCUGGCGUCUACAACUUGUCUAACCCCAAUGAACAAACUGGUAACCCUGAAGUACCUCCUAUCUCAGCAUCUGACGAUGGUGGAGAAGCGGCAGCGUCAAAUAGGAAUAAAGAUGAGCCGGACGAUGAUGAUCCAUUCUCAAAACGGAGGAGGAUGGAGGGUGCGAUGGAAAUAACUCCACUAGUGAAACCCAUCCGGGAGCCUCGGGUUGUUGUUCAAACUCUGAGUGAGGUUGACAUUCUGGAUGAUGGUUAUAGAUGGCGCAAAUAUGGGCAGAAAGUCGUAAGGGGGAACCCAAAUCCCAGGAGCUACUACAAAUGCACAGCUCAUGGAUGCCCAGUGAGAAAACACGUGGAGAGAGCAUCACAUGAUCCAAAAGCUGUAAUAACAACAUACGAAGGCAAACACGAUCAUGAUGUUCCCACUUCAAAGUCUAGCAGCAAUCACGAAAUCCAGCCUCGGUUCAGACCAGAUGAAACAGACACCAUCAGCCUCAAUCUUGGUGUUGGAAUCUCAUCUGAUGGACCUAACCACGCUUCCAACGAACAUCAGCACCAGAAUCAACAACUUGUCAACCAAACUCACCCAAAUGGAGUCAAUUUCAGGUUUGUUCAUGCUAGUCCCAUGUCAUCCUACUAUGCUAGCUUAAAUAGCGGUAUGAAUCAGUACGGCCAGAGAGAAACAAAGAACGAGACUCAAAAUGGUGACAUCUCGUCCUUGAACAAUUCAUCUUACCCAUAUCCGCCCAACAUGGGGAGAGUACAAUCGGGUCCGUAAAACAAAAAGUAAGCAACAUUAUGUACGGGAUCUUCUUAGGUUAGGAAUGGGACGAGGCCUUGUUCUAUAUAAUUCCUAUUUCUUCACAGAGAGCUGAUCUUGAUUCAAACUAUCUCCACCAUAUAUAUUUGUUUGUGUCACCUGUAUUGAGUUCCAAAAAUGUUAUGUAAAAAUACACAACAAGAUGUUAAUGCUUUUAUUUAAACAAGAAACAGCAAUAUUACUACAAACUAUUUCUUCUUCACCGUAAUUAG